UUAUCGGCCCAGUACUGAGACACUGAGAGGGCCACUGCUCCUAAAGCUCUGUCCAUACGCCUCCAGUGGAUUUCACUGCACACUCCACUAAUAUGAUAGAGCAGCGCUGUGCUGGAUCGCUUCGUCGAGCGUAGACUGGGGGGUUGGGAGGGAGAACCAAAUCUUUUGACCCCAGCCAUCAUCUCCUGACGAACGGGCAGAGAGCAACACCCCACUGGCUCGCAGGCUCAAUUGUUCCCCUCCUUUUGUCGACAUCUCCAUCGCGUUUUCCUCUAAUCCAGAGCUGCUGUUUUCUGAGCGGGAUGUGAGGGACCGGUCUCCUUUCUCCCUGCCAGCUUUGGAAAUCUCUUUAUUUAUUCGGAGCACAACAGACGUACCGUUUUUUAGUUCAUUCAUUCAGCGUGUGGUGAGCGAGGAUUUGGAAACAUGGAGAGUGUGGAGAAGGAGUGCGGAGCUCUGGGGGGAUUAUUCCAGGCGAUCGUCAAUGAUAUGAAGAACUCAUACCCCGUGUGGGAAGACUUCAGUGCCAAGGCCACAAAGCUACACUCCCAACUCAGGACCACAGUACUGGCUGCAGCAGCUUUCCUGGAUGCCUUUCAGAAGGUGGCGGACAUGGCCACAAACUCAAGAGGUGCUACCAGGGACAUUGGCUCUGCUCUGACCAGAAUGUGCAUGCGCCAUCGCAGCAUUGAGGCCAAACUGCGACACUUCACCAAUGCUCUUAUGGAGAAACUGAUCACACCACUCCAGGACAAGAUAGAGGAGUGGAAGAAGACUGCUGCCCUUCUAGAUAAAGACCAUGCCAAAGAGUACAAGCGGUCUCGGCAGGAGAUCAAGAAAAAGUCCUCAGACACUCUGAAGCUGCAGAAGAAGGCCAGAAAAGAACUCCCAGGUCGAGGAGGGUUGCAGCCUCAGCUGGACAGCGCUAUGCAGGAUGUGAGUGACAUGUACCUGUUGAUGGAGGAGACGGAGAAGCAGGCGGUGCGCCGGGCCCUCCUAGAAGAGAGGGGGCGCUACUGCACCUUCAUCAGCUUCCUACAACCUGUGGUGAAUGGAGAGAUUGCUAUGCUGGGAGAGGUCACUCAUCUCCAGGCUAUUAUUGAUGACCUCACUGUGCUGACCACCGAUCCACAUAAACUGCCAGAGGCCAGUGAACAGGUGAUUUUGGAUCUGAAGGGUUCUGACUACAGCUGGUCCUACCAGACUCCCCCCUCCUCCCCCAGCAGUACUGGCUCCAGGAAGAGCAGUUUGUGCAGUUUGGUGCAUCUACCACCAGGUGGUGCACAUCGCCUGAGCAGUGUGUCCUCUCAUGAUUCCGGAUUCAUCUCUCAAGAUGCCAACAUGCACUCCAAACCUCCAUCUCCCAUGCCAUCGGACAUUACCAGUCAGAAGUCAUCCAGCUCUGCAUCCUCUGAAGCCUCAGAGACCUGUCAGUCCGUCAGUGAGUGUGGAUCUCCCACAGCAUUUGGCUCAUCCUUCGCUACUUUCCGCCCUGCUCACUUUUACAAUGGCUCCAUCAGGCCUCUGUCUUUCAUAGCUCCCGCGUCCCCAUCCUUUAAUCAUUCCCCUGGAUCAAACUCCCCUUCACCCACAUCAAAAGUUCCUCACUGGAAGCAGGACUGGGCUAAAGCAGCUCACUGUGAGCAGCCUGGCGCUGUCCCUCAGCGCAGGAGUGAGGCCGCAGAGCCCCCUGGUGGACCCAGAGGGAAUGGUGUGGUGCACCCUGAGGACCCUUACAGGACCAGAGUGAGCCCAGCAAACAUCACUGGAAAGCAUGGUAAGCCGAUGAUGUCUGCAGCCAGUGAGCUGGCGAUGGUUCUGACUCGUGGUUUGAGUCUGGAGCAGCAGAAGAGCAGCUGUGACUCCCUGCAGUAUUCUAGUGGAUACAGCACACAAAACACCACUCCAUCCUGCUCUGAGGAUACCAUCCCCUCACAUGGUUCUGACUAUGAUUGCUACUCUAUGAACGGAGACGCUGACAGUGAUGCUCAGACGGACUUUGAUAAAUCCUCCACUGUCCCUCGCCAUAGCAACCUGGCCCAGAACUACCGUCGCAUGAUCCAGACCAAGCGGCCAGCAAGCACUGCGGGGCUUCCUGGAGGAGUGGGUGCACAGGGUUCCCCUGCAGCCAAUGGCAAAGGAGCUUCAGGAGGAACCGUCAUUUCUUCUGGGACAGCGACCAUCCGGAGGACCCCCUCCUCCAAAGCUGGUGUGAGACGUGUCCCCUCCAACGUGGGUCCGAUUCCAAUCCGGCCUCCCAUUGUUCCAGUGAAGACCCCGACUGUCCCAGACUCCCCUGGAUUCCCCAGCCCUCCACCAGAGCACAAUGGCAGUGAGGAGAGCCUGUACAGUGAGGAUUCUCUGGAAAUACUGGAGUACAAAGCCUCCCCCAAACGGAUGAGCCUACCCAACCCUGCUUGGGGCUCAGGCAUGAGCAUAUACGCCCACCAGCCUGGAGCUACGGCCCUCAGCACAGAAGAGGACCAGCUCCUGGCCGCAAACCGCCACAGCCUGGUGGAGAAGAUUGGAGAGCUUGUGGCUAAUGCCCACGCACUAGGAGAAGGUCAGUACCCGUUCCCCAUGGAUUCCCAGCCCAGCCGAGGCCACCAGGAGGACACCCCGCCCCCUACUGAGGGAGAGGACAUUCUGAAGUCCAUCCGCAGAGGGGUGCGUCUCAGGAAAGCUGUGUGCAAUGACAGGUCAGCACCCAGGAUCAUGCGAUAGCUUCACUCCUCACUGCCAGCCUGAUUCAUAUUGACUCUGCAGAAAGAGGAAUGCUUGUAUGUAUGUCAGAAAAGAAUUGUAAAAUCAGUGUUUAUAAACUGGUGACUAACAAAUGUCAGGCCAGUAUCAGUGUAACGUGGUGAGUGUAUAUGGACACAAUUCCCAUAUGAACUAUUAUUGUUGUAAGGAUGCUGACAGCAUCUAUAGGAAAGGCACAUUAUAAAAGACUUCUUACAGCCUGACGGAUGAGAGUAUGUUUAAAGUGUGUAUUAACAUUCUAGUUGUCAGUUGUUCCGUUUGGAGUUUUGAUUUGUAAUUACUAUGUUAAUCAUAUGUUACUCAUCUGUAACUGAUGUAAAGCGAGUUUGACUAAUUUCUCAUCUCUCCAGGUAAUCGCUUUGUAAAAAAAGCCGAAGUGUUUUGUUGUUGAUUAAAACGCUGAUGUGUUGAAUGCAAAUGGCACCACAGUAGCCUACUCACACUCAGAGGGACCACACGAACAAAGUACUGUAAAUACUGUAAACUGCCAAAUAAAACACGUCAAGUGUACCACAAG